AUGUCAACUUUCUCCAAAACAAACUUUAAAACGCUUAACUAUAACUCAUUUCGUCCUCAUUAUCCUCCAUCAUUUUACCAAAUCUUGGGAAAUUAUGUUGAAAAGCAUGAUGCAGGUUCUGCUUCUUCUGCCCUUGUUGCAGAGAAUCAGCUGCCCAUUGUUGAAAGGGCUAUUGACUUGGGUUGCGGCACAGGAGUCGCUACUUACCCAUUGCUUAACUUGGCGCGGGAUGUGAUUGGGUUAGAUUUAUCGCCACUGAUGAUUGAGACUGCAAACUCUUUGAUUGAAAAAAGGCUUGCGGAAUUGGGGAUAGAUGCAAACAAGUCGUCAAUUACUUUCAAGGCGGGUUCAGUUGAGGAUUUUGUGAAUAAGCAGGGCAGUGGCAUUGAAGCUGAGUCCGUUGAUUUGAUCACGGCUGCUCAAUGCAUACAUUGGUUUAAGGAUUAUGAUACGUUCUUUGAAAGCAGUGCAAAGUUGUUGAAAAAAGGCGGUACGUUGGCGUACUUUUACUACAUCGAUCCAAUGAUUGUAGACUUUUCGGGUCCAUCGAAAUUGGAUGUGGGCACCGACUUACCUUCCGAUUCCAAAAAAGACUCAGCUCUGCGCUCUCGUUUGAGUAAAAAUGAGCUAUUGCAAAAGGCUUAUGAAUUAUACAACAAGUAUGCCUAUGAUGACCCCAAGCUCAUUGGACCAUAUUGGGAACAGCCGGGUAGGUCAAUAUUGAAACAUUAUUGUGUUGAAGUAAACAAGAAGAUCCCCAAAAAACUAUACGCUGAUGUUGAAAUAGAAACGUUUACUGCAAGUGUGGAAACGCCAACUGCUAACUCUGAGAGAGAUUUGGAUUUGAAAAAAUUGGGCAUCUCUUUGCAGGAUUACUUGAAUUAUUUUUCAACAUAUAGUGGAUUUCAUAACUAUAAAGAAAAAACUGGUGAUGAAACAUUGCUCACCAAGGAUUUCCUUAACGAAUUGAUUGAAAUUACUGGUUGGGAUUUGGAAAAGACAAAAAUUGAUUUAGUAUGGAAUACUGGCUACACAUUUCUUCGCAAGAAAUAA